AUGAGGGGAGGAGGUUUUUAUAAAGGCACGAGCACAGAACAAACACCUUAUUUUGGUGAUAAGGAAAAAAAAUUAAUGGAAAAAAUAGUAUGGCCAGAAAUAUAUAAUAAGAAAAUAGAUGUAAAUAAAAUUAAUUUUCCAUUAAUAGAAGAAUGGAUAAAUAAAAGGUUAAUUGAAAUUUUAGGUUUUGAGGAUGACAUAUUAUAUGAGUAUUGUAUAUCACAGUUGAAGCAAAGUAAAGACAAAAAAGCAGAUGGUGAAGAAGAUAAAUAUCUGAAUGCAAAAAAACUAAAAAUAAAUUUAACUGGUUUUAUAGGUAAUAAGAAAAGUGAUAUAUUUAUUGAGGAAUUAUUAGAACUGUUAAUAAAUGAAGAAAAAAAUGAAGGACAUAUUGCUAAUACGAUAAAUGAAAAUAAAACAAAUGAAAUAAAACAAGUGAAAAAUGAAAAUGAAAAUAUAAAAAAAAAUUUGAAUAAUGAAAAUAAAGAUAUCAGUAAUAAGGACAAAGAACAUGUGAGACAUCAUAAGGAACACGAUAUUAAUAAUAUA